UUAAAGUCACUUCUCACGUGUGCGCUUUGUCACAAUAUGGCCUCUCUCUCCAUAGUUCUGGUUAUUUCAGUUUAAGACGUUUGUCAUAAUAACUCACCCCUUUCCUGUGCGCAUGUAACGCCUAAGCCAAUCAGAGUUGCCUUCACAACGAACCGACAUCACGUGAAGGAGCCUCCUUCUGUAGAUAUAUGCGACAGGCUGCCAUCAAUACACACAGAGCAUUGUCCCCCAUUUAGCCGCAACGUGAACACGACUACAACGUGGCUGCUGCAGCAAAGAAGAUCCUGGAAAAAAUCAUCUUCCUGUUGUGAUACUACAUUAUAAUAAACGAUUUACAAGUCAGGAGGAUGGGAAAACUUCCACUGUUACUUCUUUUCCCCCUCUUCAUCUCUGUGCCUCCCCUCGCAGCUAAAUCCUUCUUAGAAGCGUACGGUGACCUAAGGGAAAGCUUAGUCGAGCCGACAAAAUACAAUUUCAAAGUGAGACCUGCAAAUGAGACAGUCAUCAACAUUACUCUCGAUUUAACAACCCUGAACAACCUGGACAUAGGAUCCCAGACUUUGACUUCAACAUUUCUGCUGUAUAUGUCAUGGAUCGAUGAACGGCUUACCUGGCCAUCAACAACUGGCAUCGACUACCUGAUAUAUAGCAUCAAAGAGAUAUGGACACCAAAUCUAGUUAUUACAAAUUAUGUGAAUGACUUUGGACUGAUUGGGAUCUAUGAAGACGGACCCGUUCCUCUCAGGGUGUCCAUUGAGGGCCGAGUGGUGUGGACUCUCCGCGUAGCCACGACAACGACAUGCCAGGCCGACAUUACGUAUUAUCCGUACGACACUCAGGCGUGUGACGUACACGUCAUGGAGUGGGCGCAUCCCAUGAGUGAGGUGGAUCUUCUGCCGGAGGGAAUUGUAAGCAGUUCGUUCCAGAGUGAUGGUGAAUGGGACUUACUGGACAAGACACUACAAAGUGGAGGAGAAGUUGGUGCACAUAAUUUGACCUAUGAAAAAAUCAAAUAUACAUUCUUCUUCCAGAGGCACUUUCAGUGGUAUAUUCCGUUGAUGAUGAUACCAUUGGGUGUUCUGUCCCUACUGAUGCCAGGCGUAUUCCUUGUGCCUGUGGAGACUGGAGAGAAAAUGUCCUACGCUCUAACAGUGAUGCUGUCAUUUACAGUGAUCAGUUCUUUUCUCUUUGAAACACUACCAACCGUUUCAAUCAACUACUCCUUAUUAGGUGUAUACAUUUCUUCAACGAUGACGUGCGGUGCACUAAUGAUUGUGUGUUCCUUGGUGGUGCUCUAUACUAACCACCCUGCUGAUGACAGUGACCGCAUGAGAACAGUGAAGGCGUUCGAUACUUGUGCUUUUGUUUUCUUCUUCAGCCUAAUGGUACUUAUGAUGAUCUGUUUUCUGUGUAUUUUGAAUUAUCCUAUUGGUGAUAAGAGCAUUAGUGACAUUGGAAUAAUGCUUGGCAUUCCCAUUGUAGCUAGCGUUAUCAUAUGUUCAAUCGUUACCAUAAUUGCCUGUCGAAGGAGUCCCCAUAUCAGGGAUACAGAUCAACGGGGAGGAACGUGAAAAAAGGGACGUGAACUUACUUUUUGCUUCACAAUAGUAAAAUUUGUAGCAUCUGUAAAUAGACAUUGUAUGAUCCUUGAUACCACGGAGGGUGGCACAACAUGUGACCGUUUCGAGAAUAUAGAGGGCCUCAUUAUUAUAAUUUGAACUAAUAUACAUAUGUACAUACUAGUACAAGGUAUAAAUGAAUUUUGAUAAGUGUUCGUACAAGAAUAUGAACUUCGAAUUAUCUCGGAAUAAU